GACAACCUCAGUGUGUUCCUCCGAGGCUGUGAGGAGCUGGGACUGAAAGGCUCCCAGCUGUUUGACCCUGGAGACCUGCAGGACACGUCCACACGCCCCAUCGCCAAGGGAAGUGACUGCAGCCGAAAGCUGAAGAAUGUUUUAAUCACCAUCUACUGGUUGGGUCGUGCUGCCAACGGCUGUACCUCCUACAACGGGCCCACGCUGGACCUGAAAGAGUUUGACGGCCUGCUGUCACAGAUGCGAAAGGAGGCGGAGGAGGCAGAGAGCCCGAAACGCAGCAUCCGUGACAGUGGCUACAUCGACUGCUGGGACUCCGAGCGCAGCGACUCUCUCUCCCCCCCACGCCACGGCCGCGAGGACUCGUUCGACAGCCUGGACUCCUUCGGCUCACGCUCACGUCAAACCCCGUCGCCAGACGUCCUGGUUGCCCGCGGCAGCAGCGAUGGCCGUGGAAGCGACUCAGAGUCCGACGGCCCCCCCCACCGGAAGGCGCCGGACAUCCGCAAGGACGACAUGUCUGCGCGGCGGACGUCCGUCAGCGAGCUGCGAACCGCCAUGCCCUUCAACCAGUACCUUCCCAACAAGAGCAACCAGACUGGAUACGUUCCCACGCCGCUGCGCAAGAAGAAGAACGACAAAGAGGACGGAGCACGCAAGAGCUGGAGUACCGCCACUUCGCCUGUAGGGGGAGACAGACCUCUCAGUCCAGAUGAAGUCCGUAGCUUAGACACCCCGAGUCCAUCCUCCCCCCCGCCCCUUGAACCCCAGACACAGAUUCACCGGGAGGACCAAGGGCCGCGCGCUGUCUCCAUACCUAGCAUUGAGAUCCACGCGGCGAGCAGGAGGAGGAGCAGUGACCCUCCGCCCUGUAGCGUCCCCCAGCCCCGCCCAGACCCCCCCGCCGAGACCGUUACGCACCUGAUGGGCGCCGCUGCACAAAGCACGCCGGCUCGCUCGUGCUCCGAGGAACUCUUCCACCGUUCCACGGCUCCGGCAGGAAACGCCGUCGCGGCGUCAGUGGUCAAAACAACGGGCCCCGGAAAACAUUCACCUGCAGCCGACCGGGAGGAAGCUGGAGGGAGCAAGGGACUUGCUGGUACCCCACUAGUCGCAGAGGCCUGUCAAACGCUGACCUCUCCCAAACGCACCGCAAGUCCCUCCCACCUCCUUCCUGUGACUGCUGCCAUGGCAACUACUUCGAAAGAAAUUGCCAAUACGGGCCGACGAAAGGGCCGGACCCUGAGUGAGAGUGACGACCCACAAGGAUCGUGGUUUCACGGCAAUCUUCCUGCAACAUUCAGCCACACAGAUAUUGUGUCAGAUGACUCACAGAGUGUGAGUAUGAUCGACAUGCGUGGCGAGGACGAUGGCGUCCUGCAGCCACACAGUCAGGUGCGUCAUGAACUGAUGCACAACCAGUACAACAUGAUGAAGGAGGAGGACGAUCACUGGCAGGACGACCUGGCACGAUGGAAGAAUCGGAGGAGGAGCGUUUCUCAGGACCUGAUCAAGAAGGAGGAGGAGAGGAAGAUGAUGGAAAAUUUGCUGACAGGAGACGAAUGUCCCGCCAUGAGGAGGAGAAGCAUCAAGACGUACAGAGAGAUAGUGGAGGAGAAGGAGCGUCGUGAGGAGGACCUGCGAGACACCUACAGACGAGCCCGGACCCCCGAGGAGGCGUCGGUCAUCCUCCAGCGCUACGCCCAGCGUUUCUCCAUCAGCGAAACCAUCCUGGAACGCCUGCAGCUGCCGAAGCUCCUGGAUCGCAGCAUCUCCGCCGACCCCUCCCUCGCCUGCUCGCCCUUCCCUCUCUCCCUCUCCUCCUCCCCGACCACGCCGGACCCCUUCGACGCGGACCCCAGCGGGCCCCUGAGGUUCCUGCGCCAGCAGUCGGCCCCGGCUCCAAAGUUCACGUCUACGCUCGAGGCGCGAAUCGAGGAGUUUCCCAAAGACUUGUCCUCCUCUCCUCACCAGCGGCCUCAGAUUCGCUCGCGCUCGUCCGAGCCGCCGACCACCAGAGCCCUGUCGCCCAAACCGGUGCCUUUGCUGUCGCCCAAGCCUUACCUCGAGUCCCGUGGCAGAGCGGCUGAACCGGGGGCCAACAAGGCGGACGGUUUGCUCCGAGUCAACGGCAAUGCAGGAAGUGACGCUCCCACCGCACCCGAGAGUCUAGGAAGAGAAUCUCCUCCUCACUUCCAGGCGUCUCCUUCCAGAACCAGCAGCAGCACAGUAGCUGCUCCCUGCUCGGCAGCAUCGCCCGCACACAGUCCACACGCCCCCCCCACAGGAGGAAGCCCGGCGUCGGUAAAGGCCAAGGAGGCACAGGGCGGCAUCGAAGCAGCUUCUGAGGACGUCCGAGAACAGAGAGAAGCUGAGCACUCAUCACCACUGAGCCGGCCCACCUCACUGCCAGCGGAACUGCAGAAGCCAGAAGAAAGCUUUUGGAAGACUGGAGACCAGACUGCAGCUGCUCCAGAGGAGAAAACCUCAACUGCUGCAGCUCAACCAACAACACGUACAGAAGCCAAACAAGAAGUUAAACCUGAAGCAUCCGGUCCAAACGUCGCCACUCUGGUCCAAUCAGGGCUCAGCACACAACAGUGUCACGCAGUAACUUUACAGGCAAGUUUUCCCAGUUCCCAGGAGUUUCCACAGGGAGGAGAGAACGUCCCGAACCUAACGGCACCAGGAUCGUCUGGAUAUCAUCUGGAACAGGAAAUGACAGCAGAGUUUGCAAACAGUGUCCUCUCUCCAGCGGCAACCAGCAACCCUAAGUUACGUCUGGAGUUCUUCGCUCCGCCAGAGGCUCCAGGACAGGAUCUCCGUGGAAAUGAGAAGUACCGCCGUGAGCAGGAGAAGCUGAAGGAGGAGUGGGAGAAGGCACAAAGGGAGGUGGCGGAGGAGGAGAGGAAGUUCCAUGAGGAGGAGCGAAGGAUCCUGGAGGAGACGGUGGCUCCUCUCACGCCUCGCUCCUCGGCGCUGCCGUCCCCGAGCCGGGGGGGGGUCCCCUCCACCGCUGAGCCCCACGACACCAUCGUCCGCUCGCUGGCCGACUGGGAACGCAAGCAGGAACUUCUGGAGAGGCAGUCGAGGGGGAGUAUGGAGAGCGUGGAGGGGAAACGGCGAGAAAACGACCGGACCAGUGACAUCAGCACUGCUGACGACAGCAUGAAAACAGGCAGAAGCCUGGUGAGUCACAGCAGCAGUCAGCAGGAGACACUCGGCCACAGUCUGCAGAACGGCCAGAAGCCUCCAGCGUCAAGCCUCAAACCCUCGACUCCAGUGAAGAAACAAGAAGAUCUGACGACAGACGGCAACAAGGCCGGCCAGUCUGCAGGAGACAGGAGGGGUGGUCCCAUUGAUAAUAACACAAGCCGCAGCUCAUCAAACCCCCCCGAAGCAUGUCCACCUCCUCCAGACACUCUGCCUCCAGCGCCCAACAGGUCGGUCAGUGGGAAGAAGCUGUGCUCCAGCUGUGGGCAGCCGCUGGGGAAAGGAGCAGCGAUGAUCAUCGAGACCCUCAGCCUCUACUUCCACAUCACCUGCUUCAAGUGUGGGGUGUGUAAGGGACAGUUAGGCGACACGACCACGGGCACGGACGUCCGAAUCCGAAACGGCCUCCUCAACUGCCACCAGUGCUACAUCCGCUCCCGCUCGGCCGGACAGCCGACCACGUUGUGACGCCUGGGAGGAGAAGCACAAGGUUCACAGAAGAAGCCCCUUCCCUGCUUUAACCCGAUUAUCUGCAGAUCAUGUCCUCCAGCGUGUGGCCGGGUCUCUGCCUCCUCUGCAGCUCAAUAACCAAUGAAGAUUCAUCACGUGGGGCCGGCCGGGGAUCUGGGGACAGUCAAACAAUGACAAAAAAAUAUAUAUAUAAAUAUAUUCAUCGUGUUUAUGUCAUCUGAUACGUGAGUGAAAUCUGGAUUUGAUUAGUCCACGCAACCACCACAGACUCCGCUCCAUCAUGCGGCGAGAAAGGAGGGAGGCGGCUCGGGGGGGCGGCGGCGGCGGCCAUGUUGAAAAGGAAAAACACAAGAUGCAGAUUACAGAUUCGCUGUGAAUGCAGUCGACGUCCUUCACGGUCACAGUGAACACACAAAGAGGAAAAAUGGUGUUUGAAUCAAGAAGUAGAAUCAGAUUCUAUUUUUUUCUGGAUGGAAAGAUAAUGUUAAUAUUUUCCGCUUUCGGUUCCAUAUGAUGGAAAUGCAGUAUAUCGUUUAGUUUAAUGUCAUCAUUUAAGAAAAGAUUAUUUUCAUAAUUAGAUUUGAUAAGAAUCAGAAAAACCCAGGAGUGAAAAAAUGAGGCAGCUCAGAUCUGACUUUUGACUUUCUCAUAACAGGCUGGAUCUGAAUUAGUUUUCAUAAUUUCAUGUCCCUGCAGCAAAACUACACGACCACAACAACAAGGUUCUACAAGCUUCACUUAGAAAGUGAAAUGAAGGUCACUAUAAAUCCUCUGUAUCCACCGUUUGAUCCUUCGGCCCAAACACUGAUCCCACGUCCCUUCAUUUGUGCUCGGGAAAAUAAAAACACCCUCUAAUAUAAACACAUAUUAUGGAUGUAGGUCAUCAUCAGCUGCUGGGCUGCAGCAGAAGUCAGGACUUUAAUGUGCCUUAAGAAAGCAAAGGUGAUGCAGGACGAAGACAAACACACACCUGGGGUGGAGGGAGGGAGGGGGGGAGGGAUUUGGCCAAAUUUAAACUCUUAAAACCCGCAGCCCCCCCCUCUCACAUCACGCUUUACUGCAGAACUUUUCAUUAUUCUCACAUCAGUCCCCUGUUAUUCCUCUGUGAUUUGCAGUGACGAGCCCAAUGCACAGAAAGGAAUACGUCUGUUUUCUAUCCCGAAGAAUAUACCUGUAGAGUAUAUAUAUAUAUAUAUAAAUACAUAUAUAUAUAUAUAUAUAUCUACUGCAGGGGAAACCAUUGAUUUUAUUUUGAAUGUUUGACUCUAGAACCAUUUAAACUCCUGUUUGCUAAUUGAGGUAAUUUUGAUAAUUGCUCAUUGGUAGGAUUCAUUUAUAAAAUAAGAAAAUGAAGAACCAAAAUAAAAAUUCACCAGUACAUGUUACAUCUCAUCAAAAACACCGACGUUAGAUGAACACACACACACACACACACACACACACCAGCAGCAGCAGUUGCACCCGUGUAAUAUUUGGUUGGAUGAAAACUAAAGAUCUGUGCCGCCAUCUGGAAAAAACCUCAAGUCAGUUGCUUCUUUUCUUUUAAUGAACUUGUGUGAGAAGAGCUCGGUUGUGUAUUGUGGAUAUUUUUCAAAAUAAAAUGCACGUUUAAGCCUAAAACCAAAUGAUUUGCUGUAUGAAAGCAAACUAGCAGCCUCCUCCUCCUCCUCCUCCUCCUCCUCCUCCUCCUCCUCCAUCUAUAGCCAAGCUUCUCCGGGUUCAUUUCUCUGAUCUACAGUAUUUUUAAGCUUCUGUUCCGAUUGUGUAUUUUCUUUUUUUAUCCUCAUUUAGUUGAUGAAUAAAUCUCGGCUGAGUCUCUUAUAGCAGGAUCUUUGAGACGGACGCUCUUCUUUGACGGGAUAGCUGGGAAACGGAAACCUUUUACGUCUGUUCUGUAUUUAUUGUAAUAUUCACCUGAACACUAUCUGAAAUAUAGAUUCAUUUGAUGUUUAAAUGCAACGGCAUUUAUAGCAUACUGUAUGUUUAUAAAUAAAAAUGUUAUAAAUUUUAAA